CGACAUUAUUGCAAUAAGAUCGAUGAUAUAAAAGAAUAUUUUUGUAAUUGUAGUAAUAAUCUUUAGUAAUUAUACUUAGGUAUUAAGUCUGUAAUCGUUCAACGUGUUGUUUUCUUCUUUCGUCCAGACAGUUCCGUUAUUAGGGAAAAAUAGAAGAAAAUACCGAAUUGUAAAUAGUAUUAUGAAAUAUGUCUAUUUGUGACGCAAUAAAACACUAUCAGAGAAGCAUUGAAAAGUGCAAUGGCAAUGAGGAAAGAAUUCUUCAUUGUAUUGAAAGGCUUAGUCGUUUACCAGUGAGUGUUCGGCACUUGGAAGAUACAGGCAUUGGCCGAACGGUCAAUGGUUUAAGAAAAUUUGAAGGUGAAAUAGCUGUUGCAUCUAAGACACUAGUAGCAAAAUGGAAAACAAUGGUAGCAGAAGAAGAAUCUUCAGAAAGCGAAGAAGAACAAAGAGAAGAAGAAGAUGAUGAUGAGGAAGAUGAUGAUGAAGAAGAGGAGGAUGAUGAUGGUGAAGGUAGUGAAGCGGCGAGUGAGGACCAGAGUGAUGAAUCAAAUUCUUCUCCUAAUGAAGUUGUUAAAGAAAAGCAUGAUGAUAAACAUAUAAGCAAUUCUUACGUCACAGCUUCAGAAAAGGUUGUGAAACAUAAUUCUGGACGAUCACACAAUAGUGAAAGUAAUAGUUGCAGUAAGGAUGUUAAUCAUAAAUAUAGUAAUCAUAGUAAACAAGAAGAUAAAACACCCAACUCAUUUAAUACUAGUCAGAUACAUGACAACAUAAAACAAAUAGAAAAUGGAAUACCUUCUCACAAAUCUCAUAAACGUCACAGAAAUGAAGAUCCUGAGGCACAUAAUUCACCUAAGAGAACAAAACAUGAAAAUAAUGAAGUUAGUAAAACACACAACAAGCACUCUAGCGGGCAUGAUAUUAAUACAAGCAAUUCUGAUGAACAAGAUCAUAAAAAACAUCAAAAACAUAAAUCAAGCAACUCAAAAGAGAAAAUUCAUAAAAAUAAUAUAGAACAUCAUGGUGAUAAGGAACUUAAAAAUAAGGAACAUAGGAGUAAUAAAGAGCCUAGAAAUGAUAAGGAACAUAAAAGUGAUAAAGAAUAUAGGAGUAAGGACCAUAAGAGUGAUAAAGGACAUAAGAGUGAUAGAGAGCAUAAAAGUGAUAAAGAACACAGAAGUGAUAAAGUGCAUAGAAGUGAUAAAGAACACAGAAGUGAUAAAGAACAUAGGAGUGAUAAAGUGCAUAGGAGUGAUAAAGAACACCGGAGCGAUAAAGAACACCGGAGCGAUAAAGAACACCGGAGCGAUAAAGAACAUCGGAGUGAUAAAGAACAUAGGAGUGAUAAAAGUCAUAAGAGCGAAAAAGAACAUAGAACUGACAAAGGAAAUAAAAGUGAUAAGGAGCAUAAAAGUGAAAAAACACAUAGAAUUGACAAAUCUACAUCUAGCAACAAAAAAACAGAGAAGCAUGAAUCUAGAAAUGAAGAUGCAACAGAAAGACAUAACUCCAGUUCAUCUAAACAUACAAAAUUGCAUGAGAAAGUUAAAAGUGAAAAUCGCAGCCAUAAAUCUUCCAAAAGUGAUGAUCAUAAAGAUAAAAAAAGAAAAACAUUAGAGAUAGAUGAUGGCAUAGGUUCAAAUUCUGGGCAAAGUUUUGAAGAGGCAUUGGGAUUUGUUUGUACCAAGUCUCCAAAAAAGAAGUCGAGCAUGAACAAUACUCCAUCAUCAAGUAAAUCUGCAGUAAAUCCAUCACAAGUACUAGACACUCCAAAGUUGUUAUCACCAACUGUAAGUUUGCCUCCUUUACAAAUAGAUCUAUCUGCCAUUCCUGCCAUCUCACCAAACUAUAGGCCCAUGCCUUAUAUUGAAGAAGACAAUAAACCAAAGAUGACUGCACAGAAUGCCGUAGGUCUAUCAAUGUCAAGUAAAAAUACCAGAACCAAGGUCUAUUCUGGAAAUAAGGGUUCUUUAACUCAUGUUCCAUCGUUGUACAACUUAUGCAUCAGAUUGUUACAAGAGAACAUAGAUGCACUAGAAUACACAGGCGGUGUGCCUUAUGACAUACUACGCCCUGUAUUAGAAAGAGCAUCACCGCAACAACUAUUUACAUUAGAAGAUCACAAUCCUUACCUCGUAGAAGAUUCUGAUGAGUUAUGGGAGCUACAUUGCAAGAGAAAAUUUAGAGGAAAACAACGAUUGGAAAUGGAAAGCUGGAGAGAAAUGUUUUUGAGGUCAUUAGAUGAGCAAGAAGCAAAAUUACGUUCAAUUACUGCUAAUAUAAAACAAUCUCAAGAUAAAUCUCAACCGAUUCGCAAAGCUAAGAUGGCAUAUUUUGACUCAACUGUUAAGCCACCACGAAAUGUUGCAAGAAAGCAGGCGCAAUAUGGAACUGCGCAUGCUGCUGUAGCAACACCAGCAGCACGAGUUAGCUCUUUAAGUGGAAUUCAGAGCAACAUAGCAAAGCUUGGAGAUUCUAGAUUGAAAGUACGAGCUCAUGCACCUGAUCAUGCACAAGCAACUACUAGUCAUAAGCCUAAGAGAGCUCCACUUAUGAUGAAAACAUUAUCCUUAAUGAAGAGUAGAUUUAAACGAUGAAAGUUUAGGAGAAACUUUGAAUAUAUUGACGAAAAUACUUCUUGAAAGUUAUGAAGGUUAUCACGAU